CCGGGGGGGGGAUGGUGGGAGACAUUAUUCAGGAUUGGAUUUUUCUUCCAAAAUGCGUCCACCGCUUGAUCCCUUUUUUUUCCCUGUUGCUUUUGAUAUACCUAGAUGAUAGAGAGCAAGGGAAAGAGAGCGAAAGAACCAGAGUAUGUUGAGGAAAUGGAACGCCGGGCGAGGUCCUUUCCCCGUUUGGGGAUGGUUCAAGGCCCCACUGUUCUCCUCCGUUGCUCCAACUGCCUCUAUCGAGCCCUUGAAAUUGAAGAGGAUCCCUGAGCGAGAAAGAGAGAAUCACUCUGCGGAGGAACAUGGAACUAGAAGAGAAAAUCGAGAAAGAAAGAAAGAAAGACAGGGCGAAGGAGUCAGUUCCACCCGAGCUGUCGUGGAACGAGCAAGUAGUCCUUCCUGAGUUUGUGUGCGAGUGAGUGUCUGUGCCACUCUUUCCUCUUACUCAAGGACAUUUCAGCACGGGAUUAGAUGAGGAUGAAGAUCCCCAAAAUAGACUUUUGGAUUCAUACUUAGUGUUCUCCACAUUCAGCUCAACAGGACCCCCGAGCGCAGUGUUAGUGUCAGGUGGUGAUCACGUUGAACAUGUUAAGCGAAGAGUUUCGGAAGGCCGAAACCACUCCCUAUUAUUCAACGUUCACGAACAAUCUCCAACAAGAGCGUUUGGCCGCUCUCCAACCUUCCAAAGACAUUGAUGAGGGCGGUGGCGGCGACUCCUUGGUCCAACGGUUGUCAGAGGCGAUUUGUGGCUUUUACAGGGCCCUACUUUACCGGAUUGGCGUAGCUUGUCUUCCCUGCUUUGAAAUUGCGUCGGCCUUCAAUUUGUUUGGAUUGUUCUCGCCCAAGAAUUGCGAAGACGAUGUUCUUCUGAGUUGCGCCACUUCACCCACCUCCGCCCACUCUGUACAUUCCGUACAGUUGAUGGAAAACGGCGAGGCUAAUGGCGCCUCCAGUUGCGACAAAGAGCCACAGCCCAGUCUCACCGGCAUAUCCGCCACAACCAAGGACCACAAGAAAGCCAAAAAGAAACCACGUGGGAUUCAUUCUCCGACUGGAUCAUUACAUAACAUAUAUAUGGAUCGACCUUCUUCCACGAGCGGAAGCGAGACUGACCUUCGGAAGAUCAAGCCCAAACGUCGACCUAAGAUCGAUCUAGCCACCAAAGGCCGAGUGGCCAGUGAGGUAUUGCUGCGAAAUAACAAAGGUCUGGUCGGGAAAUGGGAAGAUUCCAAACCACUUGUCAAAGAGCCUAGAUCGAACUCGUUGACCAACAUGAAUCGCAUCAAACUCAAAAGUAAGGGCGACGAUGGUGCCAAAUGAAUGUUUAAGACCUUCUCCAUAUCGCACUGGUCACGCAUAUCACCAACCAAUCAACCAACCAACCAACCAAACAAACAAUAAUAAUAACAAUGGUACUUCUAUUAUUACUACUAAUAAUUAUUCAAAAUGCAUGGAGCCCCAAAACUAUUUUCUAUUUACACUUCCAAUGAUUUUAGUGUACUUCCCGUACAUAUCUAAAUAUACAUCAUUUGUGUGUGUUGAUCUCGUUUAUCCUCGGAAAUAAACUCUUAAGAAGAACGUA